GCAUGUAUCAGAAUUCCAUUCCUUUUUAACGCUGAAUAAUAUUCCAUCGUUAUGUCUGUACUACAUUUUGUUCAUCCGUUUAUCUGUUGAUGGACACUUGGGUUGUUUUCCUUUUUUGGCCAUUAUGAAUAAUGCCACCAUAAGCAUUAACGUGCAAAUAUAUGUUCAAGUCCUUGCUUUCAAUUCUUUUGGAUAUAUAUCUAGGAGUUGAAUUACUGGGUCAUAUGGUGGUCCUAGGUUUAAAAAAGUAGCCCUGUUUUUUUUUUUUUUCCCUCCUUCUAACUUUUGGAGCAACAUCAAGCAAAGCCAGUUCCUCUUUCUCUGAAUAUGCUGUAAGCAUUUGAAAAUAGCUAUUUUGUCCUCCCUAAAUCUUCUCUUGUCUAAGUUAAAAAUGCUCAGUGAUGCAACGUUUUUUUUUUUUAGAACCCAAAUGUAAGAUCAUUUCCUGCUACCCUUCACUUUAUUACUUUCAUCAAUUAGUUCACUCUAGGGGGUAUCCAAAUAUGUAUUCCAGGAUGUAGUGCAUUUGACACUUCUCCCAAGUUUAUGUCUUCUUGCCUUUGACAUACACUGAGAAAACAUUUAAGAAUUAUAAAAACAGAAGCCACUUUUAUUUUCCAGUUCAUGAAUAAUUAAAAGGAGGAGGAUAAAGAUAAAAUUAUUUAAUCUAUCUUUAAAAUUUCUCAUGUGGACCAACUAGAAGUACUUAACUUUUUUAAUAUGUAUUUUUAGAAAAAAGAUUUUUUUGAGAUUGUGUUAGUUGACCUGGGUAUCAUGUCAUAAUGUAGAACAUCCUUGCACAUAGUAGAGGUUCCAUAAAGACUUGCUAUAAGAAUGGAGAAUUGAAACAUUUGCUUUUCUCCUUUGGAUGUUUUUUAUUGAGAUCAGACCUCUCAGUUUUUAAUGGCACUCGUGAUUAUUGUGUUGUUGUUCUUAUGUCCAAACUUUUGACAUCAGUUAUUUCCAUUACUAGAAUUCUGCUAAAUGUUGAUCUAGAUUAUGUUUUUGUCCAGGUUACUAUAAUAGUUAAAGAAGAAAAAGUGAUAUUCCACAUAUGAGCUACUAUAUGUUCACAAACUGCCUAGCUCUUAAAGCUCAAAUAAGAAUAUUCAUGUAAAAUAUUUCUAUCCCCUAAAACCCUAGUAUGAAAGUUCCUUUUCUGAAAUAUCACACUGAGUUCUUCCUCCAAAGCAGUUGUCUGGUAAUUUUGGCAUUUGCAUAGGUGGCUCAAGAGUCUUACAGAAUGCUUAUACGUUGGGUUGACCAAAAAGAGUUUAUUAGCGAGUAGAGCUCCUGGUUGAGUGUUUGGGAAAUUAAACUUGAAAAUUUCUUAUUGAUUUUUUUUGUCACCUGGGGAAAAUUUUAAACUUGCUGAACAUAUUAGUCUGUAUACUCCAUUCAUACCAUGGUUGCUUUCAUUUCUGAAAGGAUUACAUUCCAAUUACCUUUUAUUUUUCCUCUUUAAACUUAAUCUUAAAUGUUCAAAAUAUGUUUUAAACUUUAACAUAAUAACUGUUUUGAGAAUAGGAUGGGUCUUGGGUCUAGAAAGUGUUGCAGCAAAUUGACAAAUCACUAACAUCACCACAAUUUGCUGGUGGCUUACAUUUGCAGGACUGUGACCAGCUGAGAAAAAAAGGAACGGUGCAUAUGGGAGAAAUAGUUCAGUUGUUCAAAUGAGUCAAUUUUGAUUGCAUUAUUUCAUCAUAAAGUACCUAUGCUGAUUUAGGAUGAAAUUAAUCAUCCUCCGUUAAUUUUUAGUAAAAAGAUUGUGAGGAAAGUGACUAAUAAAGUGACCCUCCCAGCUUGCUAAUGGAAUUCAACUUUAAUUUCCCAUUUUAGAUAUCCCUUGAGAAACAAGUCACUACUGAAAUUUGAAUGAAAUCCUGAUCUCUCUUUUUCCUCAUGACAGCCCAAUGAUUAAUAUACGUAACACACCACACAUACAUACUUAAGACACACCUAUUUUGUUGGUGGUGAUGAAAGACAGAAUAUUUACUAUUUUCUAUUGUGCCUUUCUCCUCUCUCCCUCUCUUUCUCAUCUCCACAAUCCCACAAUUACUACCAUUUUCAACUCUAAAGUAAGCUAAAGAAAUAAGAAAUAGCAUAAAUGUAAUGUGAAAUGGUAAUUAUUCUACUUAUUGUAAAUAGCUGACAGCACCGUUGAUCAAUUUCCUAUAGCUUGUCUUGUAAGUGAUUGCAUUUCCUGAAUAUUACCCCCUAAAUUGUGGUUAAAAUAUUGUUUCCAUUGAGAGAACUACAGUGACUUUUAUUUUGUGCUUUUGUAUAGAAUCUCCUCUUUCUCUCUCGACCCCUCCAACGAUAACAAUUGAAACUUGGCAGAAUAUCUAUUAGCCACAUGUUGGAUGAAAGAUAUUUGUUAAAAAUAGUUUUGCGUCUUUGUGAAAUAGGAGAAAUUGGAACAGAUUAAGAUUAAAUGGAGGGGAAGAGUCAGGUUAGCUUGGUGAACAGAAAGCUAGAGUAGGGUUGGUUUCCUGGCACCGCUUUCUUAGCAAAGAGAACAAUUUUAAUCAGUUACAAAAAUAUUUGUGAUCCAUAUGUUCCUCUCUGCUCAUUCCCAUAUGCCCAUAUUCUCUUUUAUCUUGGUAGAUGAUGACUUUAUGAUUCAGGCAUGCAAGAAUAAUACCUCGCUGACUUUAGAGCUCAGUGCUAUUUCAAAAUGUGUCCUGGUAAUUACGCAUAUACAUAUAUCCAGGCUCUCUGAGUUGGUUGCGUGAAUACCAGUUUUUUCUUUCACUUUCUUCAUGGAAAGAAUUAUAUCUUGCAUCCACCUACUGGGGCUGGGAUAAUGCAUCUAAGGCUUAGAUUUGAAAACUGCAUUGCCAUUCACCCGCUGGAUUAAACGCCACGGUACAAAUAUGAGGAUCAGGACAAGGAGAUUGCGGUGAUCACUGACAACUUCAUUUUCUUUGGGAAAAGGAAAACAGAAUCCAAAAAGCAUUUGGUAAUUCCAUCAAUCCCUGGUGCCUAUUCUAAGGCAUAUUAGAUAGUGACUGGGUACUUAAAUAGAUCUAAUUUUAAGACAUGUUGACUUCUAUUUAAUAUCGAGUGUUAGUGAUAGUAGUCAUGGUGAUACUGAUCAAAACUGAAAAAUUAAAAUCACUGUUGGUUAGCAAUCCAUUUUUGUCCUAAAUGCAUGUUUGCUUGUCUCUCAAUAGCUGUAUAAUUUCUAACAACAAAAGAAACAUAUUUUAAAGCCAGAUUAUCUAUUUUAAGAAAAUGUGAAGAAAGCUAGAAAUUAUCGAUGGUAUAAGUGAUCGCAUUUUCAACAGUUGUUUUCCUCUUGCACAACAAAUGGUAUUGUAACCCAAUAUGUUGUUAAUAUAGCCCCAGUAAAAUCCGGUGAGGAACCAGCUGCGCUCAUUUAAACUUGGGAGGGGUGCACCGAGGAGGAGGCACAAGGGGGUUCUAAACUUCAGACUAAAUAACUGAGAUGCAUUUGUGUUUUCAAAGACGGGUAUAUGAUGGAAGAGGUGGGCACCAGAGUAGAGUUGCGGUGAAAGGAGGGAGAUACAGCUUGGUUUUGGCAACUGUUAUUAGGAAUCCGUCUCUCUGUUUGCAUUCAAGCUGUCUUUGCCGCUGCUCCUGUAGGAGUUGUGAGAAAAAGAAAGAGCACGUUAUAGCAUGGAUUGUUUUCAACAGGCUCAAAGUUUGCAAAUCUGUUGAAUCUCUCUGACAGCGUUUCUUUGCCGUCAAACAGAAUGCCCAGCUGGCGGUGGCAAUCCUGAUGGAGAAGGAGGGGUAUAGAUAGACUGUGCUCCCCUUGCAAUAAGACUAUUAGGAAUUCUUCUUCCCAAACUGCUAUUGGAGAUGCAAGAGCUCUCUCAGCCAAGCCAUUGCGAAAGUUUUCUUUUUUCUUUUCUUUUUCUUUGCUUUUAUAGAUCAUACUUCAUUAAAUCAAAAUCUGUAAAUAUGCUUCGUUAGGAUUACUUUCAUAAAGGAAGGAGUCACAGAAACAGUAUUAAAGUAUAUUAAUAUUAAUCUAUAAUUAAGACAAAGGUUUUGGUUAAAAAGGGAUGCAAGAUUUUUGCUCAUAGGUGAUCUUGAUUCUCAUUGAGGCAAACACACAAGCUUGUGUUUUUUUAACAUAAAGUGCGAGAUUUCACUAAAAAAGGUUAAAAUUGAAGUGAGUAAUCUUCGGUGCAUAAUGCAAUUGUUAAUUUUAGCUCCUUGCGUGGGUGCCGUUCUGACUUGAACAGCCGGCUGUAGCCUUCAUUAGAGAAGAAGCAGGCAGCUUGAGACAGGUGGAGCUGGAUCAAGCUGUGAACGUGAUUUGCUGGAAGCUGGUCAUUAGUGUUGACGAUGUGUCAAACUGUGUAAGGGAAUCGCAUGGAGAUGGGCGUUCUGAACUGUUAAUGGGGACAUGGGACUCCAGUUGUCUCUGAUCACUUGUGUGGAUUUUCCUGGUGCAGAACGACAGAAGCCGCUAGUAAGUUGCCAAGACCUACAGCAGGGAUUCUGCGUGAAAGGGCAUCAAACCUCGUUAUUUUAAUUUGCAUCUGGGAGAAUGUCUGAGCAAGGAGACCUGAGUCAGGCGAUGGUGGAGGGAGGCGGGCCAGAGCAGGAGAUGGCCACUCCGGAGAACGGCAUCGUUAAGUCGGAAAGUCUGGAUGAAGAGGAGAAGCUGGAACUGCAGAGGCGGCUGGAAGCUCAGAACCAAGAGAGAAGAAAAUCCAAGUCAGGAGCCGGAAAAGGUAAAUUGACCCGCAGUCUUGCUGUCUGUGAAGAAUCCUCAGCCAGACCAGGAGGUGAAAGUCUCCAGGAUCAGGAAUCAAUUCAUUUACAGCUUUCCAGUUUCCCCAGCCUGCAAGAGGAUGAUAAAUCUAGGAAAGAUGACUCUGAAAGAGAAAAAGAAAAGGAUAAAAACAAAGAUAAAACCUCUGAAAAACCCAAGAUCAGAAUGUUAUCAAAAGAUUGCAGCCAAGAAUAUACGGAUUCUACAGGCAUAGACUUACACGAGUUUCUGAUUAACACAUUAAAGAAUAAUUCCAGGGACAGGAUGAUACUCUUGAAAAUGGAGCAGGAAAUUAUUGAUUUCAUUGGCGACAACAAUAAUCAUUAUAAAAAGUUCCCUCAGAUGUCAUCCUAUCAAAGGAUGCUUGUCCAUCGAGUGGCAGCUUACUUUGGGCUGGAUCAUAAUGUGGAUCAAACAGGGAAAUCUGUUAUCAUUAACAAGACCAGCAGCACAAGAAUACCAGAGCAAAGGUUUUGUGAACAUUUAAAAGAUGAAAAAGGUGAAGAAUCCCAGAAGCGGUUUAUCUUGAAGCGAGAUAACUCUAGUAUUGAUAAAGAAGACAAUCAGCAAAACAGAAUGCAUCCAUUUAGAGAUGACAGACGAAGUAAAUCAAUUGAAGAGAGAGAAGAGGAAUAUCAGAGAGUGAGGGAGAGAAUAUUUGCACAUGAUUCAGUUUGCUCCCAGGAAAACCUUUAUGUGGAAAACAGUAGGCUCUUGGAAGACAGUAACAUAUGCAAUGAGACGUAUAAGAAAAGACAGCUCUUUCGGGGCAACAGAGAUGGCUCAGGGAGAACAUCUGGGAGUCGGCAGAGCAGCUCGGAGAACGAACUCAAAUGGUCCGACCACCAAAGGGCCUGGAGCAGCACAGACUCUGAUAGCUCCAACCGCAAUCUCAAGCCUGCCAUGACCAAGACGGCGAGUUUUGGGGGCAUCACAGUGCUGACCAGGGGUGAUAGCACAUCCAGUACCAGGAGUACCGGGAAGCUGUCCAAAGCAGGUAGUUCCGAGUCUUCCAGCAGUGCAGGCUCCUCAGGAUCGCUGUCCCGUACCCAUCAACCCCUCCAGAGUGCACCCCUGGUCUCAGGUGUGGCAGCCAGUUCUCCUGGCUGUUUGCCCUAUACGGAGAAUGGAAUGGGCAGCCAGGUUGCUCCCAGCAGCACCAGCUACAUCCUCCUUCCACUGGAAGCUGCAACAGGCAUCCCACCUGGAAGCAUCCUUCUUAAUCCACAUACAGGCCAGCCCUUUGUGAAUCCCGAUGGAACCCCUGCAAUAUACAACCCCCCCGCCAGUCAGCAGCCCCUGCGAAGCUCGAUGGUGGGGCAGUCCCAGCAGCAGCCACAGCAGCAGCCCUCUCCCCAGCCGCAGCAGCAGGUCCAGCCACCACAGCCGCAAAUGGCAGGCACACUAGUCACUCAGUCUGUCCAGGGGCUGCAGGCUUCCUCCCAGUCAGUGCAAUAUCCAGCAGUCUCUUUUCCUCCCCAGCAUCUCCUGCCUGUGUCUCCAACGCAGCAAUUCCCCCUGAGAGAUGAUGUGGUGACACAGUUCAGCCAAAUGAACCUGAGCCGGCAAUCCUCAGGAGAGACUCCUGAGCCCCCAUCCGGUCCUGUCUACCCACCGUCCCUCAUGCCACAGCCAACCCAACAGCCGAGCUAUGUCAUUGCCUCUGCAGGCCAGCAGCUCCCUACAGGGGGCUUCUCAGGCUCUGGACCUCCCAUCUCCCAACAAGUCCUCCAGGCCCCUCCCUCACCCCAAGGAUUUGUGCAACAGCCUCCACCUGCACAGAUGCCUGUAUAUUAUUAUCCGUCUGGUCAGUACCCUACCUCAACCACGCAGCAGUACCGGCCCAUGGCCUCAGUUCAGUACAGUGCUCAGAGGGGUCAGCAGAUGCCACAGACAGCACAGCAAGCAGGUUACCAGCCGGUCUUGUCUGGUCAACAAGGGUUCCAAGGCCUACUGGGAGUGCAGCAGCCGCCUCAGAGUCAGAGCGUGAUGAGCAACCAAACAGGAACUCCGGUGCAAAGCGUGAUGGUCUCCUACCCAACCAUGUCUUCUUAUCAGGUGCCAAUGACCCAGGGUUCUCAAGGACUGCCCCAGCAGUCUUACCAACAGCCAAUCAUACUACCUAACCAGGCAAGUCAAGGGUCACUCCCAGCCACUGGAAUGCCUGUUUACUGUAAUGUCACACCGCCGACCCCUCAGAACAACCUUAGGCUGAUUGGCCCACACUGCCCCUCCAGCACUGUCCCCGUGAUGUCAGCUAGCUGCAGGACAAACUGUGCGAGUAUGAGCAACGCCGGGUGGCAGGUCAAAUUCUGAGUGAUCUGGCUGGAGUACAUUUCUUCAGAUAUUACUCAUGGCCUUUAAGGGAAGACGAGCAAGGUGGAAAACUGGCUGAGGACUUAAGUAUUCACUCAACACUCAAAUGAUUGCUGCUGGUAUUCUAUAAAAAAAAAAAAAAAAAAGACUAAUACACACAUUAGCUGGUUAAUGGUGCAUAUUUCUGUCAUGUCUGCUAGGUAUGCCUUUAUAGCUUAGCUAGUGACAUGAAUUCAUCAAGGUAAGAUUUUCUCCUACCACUGAAUACCACUGUGUAGAUUAUAAUAUCCCUAAUUUGGAUUCUUAGUUUUGUACUUUGUGUUGAGUUUGUGAUGCGAAAAGUAUUUAAAAAUUAUAUACUGAAAUCACAUUGUACCAAAGCUGUAAUGGAAAAGAAUUGAUGAAUGGAAGGAAUAAUUUAUAUACUCUAUAGAGUUUUCUUUUUUUAAUGGAUAUAUACUGUAUUGUAGUGUUUAAUCAAAAUAAAAUUAUUUGACCUUACAGAGGAAGGUCAUGUUUUUACUACCA